AUGUGUUUAAGACAACAUCUUCGUUGUAGUCUAUUAAAAGUAACUAUUUUUGGUGCAGGAAGUUUUGGAUCAGCAAUUAGUUGUAUUGUAGGAUAUAAUACAGAGAGGACUUUAAUUUUUAACAAUGAAGUAAAACUAUGGCUAUAUGACGAAAAGGUAGAGUCUGGGGAGUCUUUGGCAGAUGUGAUUAACCGAGAUCAUGUGAAUGUUAAGUAUUUGCCAGAUUUUAAACUUCCCAGUAAUGUUAGGGCUGUGACAGAUUUAAAGGAGGCCUGUGAAGAUUGUAAUUUAAUGAUAUUUGUUAUUCCAAGCCAAUUUGUCCGUUCUGUGGCAUCACAAAUUAGAAAGCUUGAUUUGGAUUUUUCUAAGGCUGUUAGAGCAGUAUCCUUAACAAAAGGUUUUCUUGUAGAAAACGGUCAUCCUUUUCUAAUUAGCAAUAUUAUUCAAGAAGAAUUGGGAAUAGACUGUUGUGUUCUAUCAGGUGCAAAUGUAGCUUCGGGCUUAGCAGCUAGAGAGUUUGGUGAAGCAACUUUGGCUUGUUCAGACUAUGAUGAUGCUUAUAUUUGGCAAUAUCUAUUUGACACUCCUUGGUUUAAAAUAGAUUGUGUUCCUGAUGUAAUUUGUACCGAGCUUUUUGGAGGAUUAAAGAAUAUUAUUGCACUGUUAGUAGGAAUGAUACAAGGGUUAGGAUGUGGUACAAACACUGUUUCUGCCGUUAUGAGGUUGGGAGUGCUUGAAAUGAUUCUAUAUGGAAGUAUUUUCUUCAAUAUUAGAAGUUCGAUUAUGACCAGAGUUUUCUUUGAAUCCUGUGGUAUUGCUGACCUAGUUACUACUUGCUUAGGUGGAAGAAAUGUUAGGGGCGGCAAAGCUUUCACAUUAUCAAAUGGACAAAAAUCUUGGGAAGAAAUUGAAGCUGAAGUAACUGGAGGCCAACAUCUUGCUGGGCUUGUUACUCUUAAGGAAAUCAAUGAAACUCUUGAAGUUUUAUUGAUUGAAAAGUCUAUUGAUGUAGACAAACACUUUCCGCUCUUUAGAAGCUGCUUCAAAAUUGCUUACACUGGAGCUCCUCCCAGAUCACUAAUUGAUAUUCUAGGAAGAAAUGAACUCAGAGAACUUAGAUUCGUUCCAUCUGGGCUCCUUUCCUUAAUAGAUGACAGCCCAAACCAUGGAGAAGUUAUGCAAAGAUCCUCUUCCAGACAAGUAGGUUCACUUAUUUUAUCUAAAACACAAAGUUGUAUGCAAUAUUAA